AUGGCCAGCAGAAGCGCAUUCAAGUCGGCGCGGCUCACUUACAGAGCUGUUGAAGACAACGACGAGGACCUGGACUUCCUGCAUUCGAUUUCGCUCGAUGAGGAGGGCUUCGUCAAUUCCAACAAUAUGAUCUUGAGGCCUCAGAACAAGGAAUCCACCAAGAAAUGGAAACAGUACUUGGGGACACACCUCAUCGCUGUCAUCAUAUGUUUGACACCCAGCGACGCGGACACAGCCGCCGCCGCCGCCGUCGCCGCCGGCAGCGAUGAAGCGCAGACCAAGAAGAAAGCAGACCCGACCCCUAUCGGUGUUGUCAGCCUGACCGGAUUGAACCCGAGAGCGACGCAACACCGCAACGCCAACAUCGGCAUCGACAUCCUCCCAGACUAUCAGCGCAAGGGCUACGGCACCGAGGCGAUCAACUGGAUCACUCAGUGGGGGUUUAAGACCUACGGUCUCCACAGGAUCGGCAUUGAGAGCUUCUCCCACAACGAGGGCGCCGGCCGGCUGUACGAGAAGCUUGGGUUUGUGCCAGAGCAGAGGUUGCGUGAGGCGUUGUGGUACCAGGGUGGGUGGAGUGAUCAGCUUGGGUUCGCGAUGCUCGAGGACGAGUGGCGGCAGAGGCAGGGGCAAAAGUAG